AUGGCGCUGCCGGCUGCCGCUACUCAGCAUCUCGAUCGCUCCCGGCGUCUCGAUAUUUCGAUCCAGCCAGCGAUCACACCGGACCCCGAUAUUUCGAUGAAUCCGCUCGAGUCCCACCCGCGCCGUCGCCUAGAUCUUGCCUGGGACCCGAUCAAGGAGCUCUUCGCCUGCAUUCUUCGAUGCUGUGGGAACGCUCAAGAUCUGGCCAAAGUGCGCUGGAUCCACGCCUGCAUUCGUCGCAGCGAUCGACACCGCGACGAUCCCGACCUCGCCAAUCUCCUCCUCCAGAUGUACGCCCGAUGCCACAGCCUGGCCGACGCGCGCGCCGUCUUGGAAUCGAUGCGCGCCCCGGACGCUUCCUCUUGGACGAUUAUGAUCGGCGCCUGUGCCAAGAACGGGCAUCUGGAAGAUGCCGAGGGCAUCUUUGCGAGCAUGGCGAAGAAAAGCAUCGUGAGCUGGAACGCGAUGAUCGCAGCGUACGCGAUCAACGGCCAGAUCGAUGCCGCGCGGCAGACCUUCCACGCCAUGCCACAAUGGGACGUGGUAUCUAUCACGGCUAUGCUUGGGGCAUAUGCCCAACACGGGCAUCUAAACGCCGCCAAGGCUCUUUUUGAAACAAUGCCUGAGCGCAACGUGGUGACGUGGAACACAAUGGUGACGGCACAUGGGGUAAGCGGAGCCGUAGAUGCCGCUGAAUCGACGUUCCAGAGCAUGCCAGAGUGGAACCUUGUCUCGUGGAACGCAAUGCUCCAGGCAUAUGCCGCGAAUGGGAAUGUAGAUGCCGCGCAAGCCACAUUCACAGCCAUGCCAGUUUACAACAUGGUAUCAUGGAAUGCAAUGCUGGGAGCAUAUGCCCAUACCUUCCAUCUUGAUGCAGCCGAGUCUACCUUCACCGCAAUGCCCUGCCGAGACACAAUCUCCUACAAUGUCAUGAUCGCGGCAUAUGCCCAGGGAGGGCAUAUCUACGCGGCAAAGCGAGUAUUCGACGCCAUGGACGAGAGGAAUCUCGUAUCGUGGACAACGCUGCUCCACGCGUACGUCCACAUCGGCCGUAUUGAAGAGGCCAAGGGAAUCUUUGACAAAAUGCCCUCACGCAAUAUCGUGUCAUGGACGGAGAUGCUGCAGGGCUACUCGGGGGAGGGCCGUCUGGGAGCCGCCGAGGAAAUAUUCGAUGAGAUGCCACAACACAACGUUGUGUCGUGGACCGCGAUGCUCCACGCAUAUGCCGGAAACGGGCAUAUGGACGCGGCAAAGGCUCUGUUUGAUAGAAUGCCACAAAAAAACAGUGUGUCCUGGACGACCAUGCUCCAAGGCUAUGCCCAAAACGGGCAUAUCGAGGGAGCCACGGCCUUGUUUAGGAGAAUACCCGAGCUCGACGUUCUCUCCUGGACGACCAUGGUGACGAUCUUUGCUCACUCUGGCUCUGGCUGGAUCGCCAUCGAGUACUUCCGGAUCAUGCUGCUCGAGGGUCUCAAACCCAGUAGAGUCUCGAUCCUCAGCGUCAUGGUCGCUUGCAAACACGCCAGUUCGAGACGUUGUCGAGCAGUAGCUUAUUCAGUGCCAAGUUCUGCUCCUUGGUAA